GGCUUUCUGCUAGUACUGCUGCCACUUCCGAGGCACGAGACUCCAGUUGUUUGGCCGAAGUGGUUGUGGGCCGAGCACACGCUGCUCCGGAGGCGUUCGCGGCUGAGGCAGUGCCUUCCUAUUCUGGCAAUGCAGCAAGUGUUGGAUAACCUUACGGAGCUGCCCUCAUCUACAGGAGCAGAAGAAAUAGACCUAAUUUUCCUCAAAGGGAUUAUGGAGAAUCCUAUUGUAAAAUCACUUGCUAAGGCUCAUGAGAGACUAGAAGAUUCAAAACUAGAAGCUGUCAGUGACAAUAACUUGGAAUUAGUCAAUGAAAUUCUUGAAGAUAUCACUCCUCUAAUAAAUGUGGAUGAAAAUGUGGCAGAACUGGUUGCUAUACUCAAAGAGCCUCACUUCCAGUCACUUUUGGAGGCCCAUGAUAUUGUGGCAUCAAAGUGUUAUGAUUCUCCUCCAUCAAGCCCGGAAAUGAAUAAUUCUUCAAUCAAUAAUCAGUUAUUACCAGUAGAUGCCAUUCGUAUUCUUGGUAUUCAUAAAAGAGCUGGGGAACCAUUGGGUGUGACGUUUAGGGUUGAAAAUAAUGAUUUGGUAAUUGCCCGAAUCCUUCAUGGAGGGAUGAUAGAUCGGCAAGGUCUGCUUCAUGUGGGAGAUAUCAUUAAAGAAGUCAAUGGCCAUGAGGUUGGAAACAAUCCAAAGGAAUUACAAGAAUUACUGAAAAAUAUUAGUGGAAGUGUCACCCUAAAAAUUUUACCGAGCUAUAGAGAUACCAUUAUUCCUCAACAGAGUUGCAUCAGUAUGGAGAGGCAUCCAGCACACAUCCGUCAGGUAUUUGUGAAAUGUCAUUUUGAUUAUAAUCCAUACAAUGAUAACCUGAUACCCUGCAAAGAAGCAGGAUUGACAUUUUCAAAAGGAGAAAUUCUUCAGAUUGUAAACAGAGAAGAUCCAAACUGGUGGCAGGCUAGCCAUGUAAAAGAGGGAGGAAGCGCUGGUCUCAUUCCAAGCCAGUUCCUGGAAGAGAAGAGAAAGGCAUUUGUUAGAAGAGACUGGGACAAUUCAGGACCUUUUUGUGGAACCAUUAGUAGCAAAAAAAAGAAAAAGAUGAUGUAUCUCACAACCAGAAAUGCAGAAUUUGAUCGUCAUGAAAUCCAGAUAUAUGAGGAGGUAGCCAAAAUGCCUCCUUUCCAGAGAAAGACAUUAGUAUUGAUAGGAGCUCAAGGUGUGGGACGAAGAAGCUUGAAAAACAGAUUCAUAGUGUUGAAUCCCACUAGAUUUGGAACUACAGUGCCAUUUACUUCACGGAAACCAAGGGAGGAUGAAAAAGAUGGCCAGGCAUAUAAAUUUGUGUCACGAUCUGAGAUGGAAGCAGAUAUUAAAGCUGGAAAAUAUUUGGAACAUGGAGAAUAUGAAGGAAAUCUCUAUGGAACCAAGAUCGACUCUAUUCUUGAAGUUGUCCAAACUGGGCGAACUUGCAUUUUGGAUGUCAACCCUCAAGCCCUGAAAGUGCUGAGGACAUCCGAGUUCAUGCCCUAUGUUGUGUUUAUUGCUGCUCCAGAGCUAGAGACGUUACGUGCCAUGCACAAGGCUGUGGUGGAUGCUGGUAUCACUACCAAGCUUUUGACGGACUCUGACUUGAAGAAAACAGUGGAUGAAAGUGCACGGAUUCAAAGAGCAUACAACCACUAUUUUGAUCUGAUCAUCGUAAAUGACAAUCUAGACAAAGCCUUUGAGAAACUGCAAACUGCCAUAGAGAAGCUGAGAAUGGAGCCGCAGUGGGUCCCAAUCAGCUGGGUUUACUGAUGAUUCAAUAAGGUUCACAAUCAAAAUAAAACUUUUAAAAAGUGACUGUAACAAGUAAACCUACUGAGAAAAUACAUGCACAGAUAGAAGAUACCUGCCAAGUCCAGGCAUUUUUAUUCUGUAGAUUGAAAUACCAGUACACUAUUCUGAAUUUUUAUACAAAAUAUGGUUGGGAAGGUGUACUAAUAUAUAAUUUAUCUUAAUUUUUCUAACUUUUUAUGGAUAAUCUUUCUAUUCAUAUCACACAAAAAAUGCGUUGAAGCAUUUUAUAUAUGUUUUGACUUAGUACCCUUGCCUUUUUCAUCAGAGGAAUUUUCAAAUCAUUUACUCUAACAUUGGUCUCACAUUUUCACUGUGAUAAUGAAUACUUGAAAUAGUUUUGUAAAACUGUCAUUUAGUUCAGUAUUUAGUAAAGGGUCAGCUACUCUUAUUAGGUGAAAAUAGUAGUUAUUGGCCUUCUUUCCUAAUAUGAACAAUGUCUUACAGAAGCAGAAUUUUAAUGUAAGUGCUACAGCUAGUCUUCUGCCAUUCAAAUCUGACAUCAGAAGUCUGCUCAGUGCUACAUAGUUUCAUUAUUUCAGAGAUGUAUGGCUAUCCACUCUAAUUUACACAGCUAUGUUAGUUUUUUCCCUUUGUUCUCACUUGUGAAAAAAAUGAAGAGCAAUACCUUGCACUCUCAUUUGUUGCAGUGACAAGCUGAUGCUAAGUUAACAUGUACAUAGCAAGCAAGGCCAUGCAGGCUGAGAGAGUGCCUUAUCCUGCAAAAUCUUAUAGCAAAAUGACACUGAAAGUUGAUUUAUUUGUACAUGUGAAAGUUUGACAAAAAAUGAACCUAUUGCUUUAUACAAUUUUUUAUUAGAGUAUGGUCAGCAAAUGUAUCAUGCCUCUGCAAAUUUCUGUGAUGCUGAAAAAAAUGCCUCUAAGUUUGAAUUGGGGGGUUUCGUGAACAAUCAGUGUGCUUUUUGAAGUGUGUUGUGAUCAUUAGGGUAUUUGUUCGAUUUGUUGUUUUGAGAACCAAAUCCAUGGAACAAUUUAUGAAAUUUGGAAAUAACUGUCAGCUGUUUUAUCUCUAUAUAAUAUAUACAUUAUAUAAUAUGUACAUUGUAUGUAUUAUAUAGUAUAUAUUAAAUAAUGGGGGUUUUUUUUAUAUUUCUGUUAGGAAGUGUAGUUUUUUUGUUUAAUGAUUAGGAAAACAGUUCUCCUCCUUUAGUUGCUUUAACGUAUACAAAUUUCCAAAAUUCACCUCAGUUAAUAUCUUCCUUUAGGAUUCUUAGAUGGUGUAACUUCUUAAAACAUAUUCAGAGAUGCAGCUCAUCGUUAAACUAAGUUAGCCAUAUUUUGUAUUGCUGCUGGCUUUUCACAUAAACAGUAUUCACACUUAACGGGUUAGGUGCUUAAAUAUUAAUGGUCAUCAUUGUCUGGUGGUAGGCACCAGACACCUGGCUGCUGAAUUUGGUUUCCCCUCAUCAAAGCUGUCACAUGGAAUGCCAGCCAGGAGGACUUGGAGGGAAGAGAAUAUACAUGUCAACAAGCAGCAUGUACACACUGUUUUAAACCUUUUUCACAAUGGAACCAAAUAUCCAAGUUGCUGUAUGGUUAAGAUUGCAAAUCCAUAGGUGUUUUUUUAUUCCAGCAUUUCGUAUCCAGCACACAAAUUCAUGUUCUUUGCCCUAGGAUAGGAAAUUGGUGGCAAAAUGGAUCAUACACUUUUAAUAAGUUUGGUAACUUUUAAACCAAAUAUAUUUACGUCAAGUUCUUUGCUUCUCGAAGCAACAUGAAUCAAAGCACAGUGUCGAGAUAAUGUCCUAUGACUUAGUGUCUCAACAACACUGUAAUCUUCGAGAGAAGUUUUAUUUCCACAUUCUCAGGAAAUGUCCUGUCUUCUGCAGUGUGCCUUCAUGCUGCUGCCUGGAGCCUCUUUGAAAUCAUUGUAGCAGCUCAAGAAGUUUAUCCACAAAAUAUUUCACCCAUCUUGACACAAUAGAAAUGAUUUUUUACAUCAUAUAUCUUUUAAGCCUUAUAUGAUAUAAAAUGCAUAUUAUUUGAAAAACAACCUACAGUUAAAGGAAUUACUUCUGUUAUAAGUGGUACUCAUGACUAACUACUUAGUUAAUACACAUUAGAUUCCUCCUAAUAUAAAAUAGAACAGUGUGGUUUAUUUCAUUUCAGUCCAGAUGCCAGAGCUGAAGAGAUUAAAUUUAGAAAAGUUUAUUUAUCUCAGUAAUCACUGAACUUGAAACACAAGUCCCAUCUGAGUCUGCAGAAACCAGCAGAGCUCUGCUGAGGAAGGAGUCCCAGAGGUCCUGGGAUUCUCCUGAGGCAAUGAAAGUAUAGUUGUAAACAAGGAAAUGUGAACUUCUCUUGGGGGAAAAGUCUAAGACAAUUAGCUUUACUGAAGAGAAAAUGGUUUAAAAUGAGGCUGAAUAAUUGGUAAUAGUUUAAAUGUACAUACAUGUGCAUAUAUGCUUUGGGGAAACAUGUGCCAAUACAUUAUUGCACCUGAAGAUUUCCUUGUGGACGGGUGAGUAUCCACAUUGAACAUUCAGGGCAUGACUAUUUAUAUACAGCUAAAUAUUAUAUAUAUAUUUUUAUUUUUUAAUGUACAAAUAUCCAGUACCUAUAGAGUUGAUGUCCCUGGGUAAGUCAUUUAACAAUAACUAGUGGAAUAAAUGUGAUGCACUCAAGUAGAAUUUUACUUUUUAUUACAGCCAUGCCUUGAUUAUGCACUCUGAAUUUCUGUUUGAUAUUUGGAUAGUGUCAAAUAUCCAUUAUAUCCAGUAUAUCAGGACUUUUGCCAACUCUAACUGUACAAUUGCUGAAAUAGCUUUCUAAAAUAGAAAUCGUAUCAUAAACCCAGUACAGCAACAGUAGCCUGAACCCUAGAUUCUAGAAUCUAGUAAAUUUAUUUAUAAUAGCUUAUAAGGAAAAGUUUUCUUUAAAAGAGCAAAUUGGGUAUUAACACAAAUUUAGAAAAUGAUGCAAAUUAGCAAUAAAAUAUGUUAGUGUAGCAUUAUAGACUGUGGCCAGAUACUAGCUGCUUUGACCGUAGUAUCCCAAUGUCAAUAAAAGAUGAUCUUUGUUUUAAAGAUUCAUUUAAAUUUGUGCUUAUUUUUAUAGAUAACAGUAGGUGUCAUGAUCCAGUGACCGGGCUGACUUUUAAGGUGGAUAGCCAUGGAGUUAGGUACAAUUAUUUUAAAUUGGUAAACACUGAACAUAGAAGUUUUGAAAAUUGUUUAAAAUAAUGAUCUAUUUAACACUGUACUUUUAUGACUUCUGAAACAACACUCCAUUUUCCAGAAGUCAGAGACUAGGGAGCCAAUAAUUUUGUAGUAAUGAUCUUUAUACUAAAGAUGGAAAAGCAAUCAUGAAGUUUUAUGUAUAUAGAUAGCAGGUCAUUUUUUAAGUGUUCGAGUCACCAUAUAUAUAAUAUAUAUAUAUUAUAUAUAUAUAGCUAUGUGUAUAAUACGUAAAAUUCUCCCCAGAUACAUGAAUAAUAAAACUAAAUAUGUUCACCCAUGUAAUUAUAGCUAGUGCUCUUACAUUUUAAUUACUACCAAAUUCUUAGACGUUAUGAAACUUUUUUCACAUUGUUUUCGAAGGUUCUGGUUUUACCUUGAGGCCGAUACUAAUGCUCUUUUUGAAAAAUAUAUUUGGAAUUAAGUUCGGAAAAUUAUUAUUUCAACUUAGUUUCCUUAGGGAAAAAGGACAGAGUCCUAGAUGGAAGCCUCUGGAGAAAUACUUAUUUAAAACUUCGAAUGAAUUUGUGAUAUGGUUCAGGCUUAGAGAUUAUGGUACCUGCUUCCCUCUUGUUCCAUUGGAUCUGCUGUGAGAAUUCAUAUAAUAACAUCUGUAAUGUAUUUGGAGUUCUUGGGAGAAAUUUAGUAUUUUAAAUAAUAGGAUUAUUGUAUAUAUUACAAGUUAAUAUUAUUCACAAACUUUUAAGAAUACAACUGACUAAUAAUUCAUCAUACCAGUUUUUAUGUAUACAUUGUGUAUCUGAAAAAGAUAACAGUUCUGUAUUUUUUAAGGUAAGAUUAUUUUUAAAUUGCAUUUUUGUUAGCUUCAAGUUUUAUUCAUUUUAAAAUAUUUCCCAUAAUUUAUCAUAUUCCUUUGUGUGUUUCUGAAAUGAUUUAGUGCACAGAGUCAAAAAUGAGUCCUUAAUACACUAAAAAGUGAAGGAAUGAUGUUACCUUAUUUCUGGGGUAAGAACUUAAAACCGUGGUUUGCACCAUUUUGGCAAUACACUGCACUUUCUUUAAAAUAGUCUCUUUUUUGGUAAAAAUAGAGCUGGUGUACUUCUACUGGCUGAGAUCCUAAUUCUGACUCCUGACCAUCUUACCUUUGAUAAAAUAUAUAUCCCCCUUUACUUUUAAUAUUCCACUCGUUAAAAAAGGCUAACUUAAUAUUUCUCUUCACCUUAAAUUACAAGAAGUAAUUUGUAACUUUGAUGUGGUAAAUGCUAAAUUGGAAAAUCCUUAUUAGGCUACUUUAUCUGUUUAUUAUAUGUAUUCACUUGCCUUGAGGUUGCUUAUCUUUUAGUUCUUUUAAAGUGUACCUCUUUUGGAAGUAACAUAGUGAAUGGUGCACACCAUUCAGAAAUUCUACCUUGGGUUUUAAAACAGCCCUGAGGAUGUAGUUCAGUCCUGAAGAGUUUCUGUUCUCUUAGUGGCCUGGUCAGAAAGUCCAUUAUAGUUUAGAAUCCUAAGUCCAAACCCUUAGCAAAUCCUUGCUGCCAGUCAGACCACUCAUGAGUCAAACAAAAUUUAAGUAAGCAAUUCAGUACUUUAUUACAUCUGAAGACACUCUGAUCUUUGCCCCUUGAAGCUGUCCUACCUUUAUUCCUAGGCCUGAAGUUGAUUACUGCAGCCCUGUUGUUUAACUCAUAGUGUUAAGUUUAAAAGGCAUCUGUUUUUCUUGAAAGGAGAAACCAUCAGUCAGGUCUGGUUAGGGAACCUCAAAUCCAACAUGAAUGCAUUUUAGUUUUGUUCUCUAAUUGCUUCGUGACUGUUGGCUGAUAACGCAGUGCUGUGAUAAAUCUAACUUUUCUCUACACACCAAAGUCGGUAAGAAGCUUUUUUUUUCCUACUGACUUUUUACCGUUUCCUAAUCUCUAGCACAAACUGAAUGAACACAUCUACAGUUACUGUAAAUGCCACUUACAACUUGGCAGAUUAAAUGACUCAGUGCUUGUAAACCUGUCUUAAGUCCUACUGAACAGGUAUUGCAGCUAUCACAGAGCAGAAGCCAAAAGGUCUUAUUUUAAAAUAAGUAGGAAAUAGAGGUCUUUAUUGCACUUCAGAAACAGCAAGCCAGGGGUUAGAAACACAAAUACAGCAGGCUGUGCCUGAAAUUUGACUCUUCUCACAUCAGUCAAGGUGACCUGGGAGCUUGGAAGAAGAGGGAAAAAGCAUAGCAUCAGAAAGUCCUGCUAUAAAUUACCAGCACUAAACCAGAAGUCAUCAGUUAAAAUAUGUGGCUCUCAUCUUACUGUUAAAUAGGAGAGUCAGGCAGUGGUAUGAGUAACCUUGCUUCGAAGACAAAGGUGGUUCUGGUAAACAUGGUGCAACAGACAUGCUUCAGUCUUCAGGUAGAACCUGAUCUGACGAAUAGCUUAUCUCCAUCUGUAAUUGAUACACAAUAUAAAUAUUUCUUUUGUGUGUCCUCUUUAAAAAAGAAUGCUGACUCCUCUUUUUUCAGUGACAUUGACUUUUAAGAAAGUGGUAUCUUGUAUUUUGCUAUAGAAGAAUGAGCACUGGGAUUCAGCAACUGGUGUAAUUUCCGCAUGGUAUGUUAUCUCUUUUAGAGCCCUUGAUGAGUAUUUGAUGUGAAGACUUUGGGGGAUUUUUUUCCAUCUCAUUUUGGUGUAUCUUUACUUUGAACACAUAUGCAUGCUCUUUUUAACCUCUAGUCUUUGAAAUGAUUGUAGAAGAGAAUUUUUUUUUUUAAUGGAGGGCAUCUUCUUAGAAUGCUUCUUAGCAACCUAAAAAAUCAAAGCUGAACAAAAACUACUAAACCCAAUGAUUCCAAGGCUUUCAAAGACAACUUACUCAAGGAAACAAUUCCAGAGACAGGGAAGAUUAAAAUACAGGAUCAAGAAAAAGCCUCUGUGCUUUGAUGGCUUGGGAUACUAGGACCACUUCCCAGCUACCAAGGAAGAGAAAGCCUGGUGGGAAGGACGUGCCUGCUCUGGCACACAGCUCAGCCCUGAGGCCUGCAUUGAGAAGGGGAGGUGGACCCACCAGCCAAGAGGUGGAUGCGUGAAUGUGGAGGAGCCAGGAUUGGGUCUUCAAGAUCAGACACGCCAGCAUCAGAUAGAGCAUGGAGCUGAAAUGACACAUUUAAACAAACUCACCAAAAAACAUAGAAAAUCAGCAUCAUUGGAUGGUAAUGUUAGCACUUCUGGCUAACUAUGGGAGGAAGAAAAAUUAAGUUGUUGCUUAAAUUCCGCAAAUGAAGCAGAAAAACCCUUAAGAUGUAACAAGAUCUGUUUAGCCCAGGGCAAGACCUCAGGCCUGACUUCAUCCACUUUGCCUGGAGUCCUCUCUUGGAAUUACCACUCUCUGAGCUCCACCUUCUACUGGACCCAUUAACUCCAGUGGAUCAGAAAGGUCAGAAUGCAGCUUGCUCAUAUACACAGCUUCAGCUAUUAGAAUUUCUUAUUUACAUGAACUCGUCAAAGGUAGGUACCAGUUUGUUUAGUUAUGCUUCCUGCCUCAAGAACCUUUGUCUUUGCUCUUCCUUCUGCCUGCAGUAUUCUUCCUCCAGCGUUCAUAGAGAACUUUGCUUCUCAUCUCUGAGCUGUCAGUUGAAAUGCUCCAUCAGAAGGGACCUUCCUGAUCCUCCUACCCCUACAUCCCAGCCACUGUUACAUUAUUUUAUUGUCUUCAUAGGCUUUCUGUAUCUGAAAUGAUUAAACCUAAGCUGCCCAGGAGAACAGGGUCUCGGCCUGUCAUGCGCCUGCCUAGAACACAGACCCUCAAGGCAUUGAAAACUGGUUCUUCAGCAAGGUCAGUUCAAACUCUGCUUUAAUUGCAACUGCUCAGAACAUCUAAAACUUUGCUUUUAGGGUCUUGAGACACUUGUUUUUUAAAUAAGCAUUCAGAACCAGAUCAGAUGAAUAAUGUAGACAGUAAAAUUUACAAUAAAAAAAUGAAGUGAGCCUAUAAAGUAUGGGUGAAUUUUAACUGAAUCUGAAGGGAAUGCAAAAGAAUUCCAGAAAUGUUCUGAGCAAUGUUAACCUUACUGAAAAUAAUAUUCACAGCUUGCACAAGCACCACAUCUCAGCGAUUAAGAAUGAGCUCCAGUGGCAGAGGCUGAAGCCUGCUAGCAGCACAGCGGGCUGGGUCCCGGGUUGGUGGCCAGGGGCCCAGAGGCACUUCUAGGUGUGAGAGAGAUUACAGUCAAGGGGGUGGAGGCAAAAUUAACAUUCUCUCUUGAUGAUUCUAACACCUUCUUACCAGUUCUUUCACCAGUUUGCAAGUGUGUUAGUGUAUCUGACAAGGUUCUUGCCAAAGCCCCCCAGAAAGCCUCUCUAAAAGUUACUCUGGCCAACAGCCGAGAAAAGACAGGAAUGCAGGUAGGUUUUGUUCCUUGUUCUGAGUAAAACCCUAUAAGAAACAUAAGAUGCCCAAAAUCCUUCAAGAGGCAGGACGUCUGUUGUCCUAAAAGGUGUUGUGGUAUCUAGGGGAGAUUAUGUGAAGAAAGUCAGGAAGGUCUUUAAAGAAAAAAUAUUUCUUUGUUUACGUUGAGCAGCGUAGUUUUGCACCAAAGCAGAACACUAGCAGUGCUGGAACUCCAAGUGCGUCCUAACGGCCACUCUUAGAGCACAGACAGAGCAGAACCUGGGAGCAACACAAAGCUCAACUCCUAGAACUGACCUGCAAGGAAGAUGACAACUAAGGGUGAGUUGGGAGAGGGAGUUAACUAAUGUGGUCGUUGCCAUAUGUUCUUGUUCAUAUACUUCCUGAAUGCAAGUGAUGAUGCUGCAAAAGGGAACUGGGCUGUGAAAGCAGAGCUGCUGUUGUGCUCGUCGUUGCAAACAGUUAGAUAAUGAUUCAUAGCGUUUCCGUAACCAAACUGCGCCACUAGCCUUCAUCCUCAGCUGGCUGCAGCACAGCCGCAUGCUGGUUCAUUUUCAAGUAGUUCGGUUUUUGUGGUCAAAGCACAAGAAAGCAGCAUUCCUCUGGGAGGGUAGAGUCUGCUUUCGGUUGGAAUGGUAUCUAAACUGCUCCUUGGAAUGAUGCCUUGCUGCAGUCUUUGGUACUUCUUUGCAUAGCAAAGACACCCAAAGCCCCUAACCAUGGUGCCCCAAGUUCCCAGAGUGGCUGUGUAGCAAACUGCAGGGUCCUAUCGAGGUCGUCUGCCCCAACACCUGCUUCCCAGAUCUGAGAGCAGAGCACGGUGCUUUGGUCCUUUGGGUCUACAAAGCACGCUGGCCUUGUCCCUAGUACCCAGGUCUCACAAUAAUGCAGCCAGGCAUGCCUGCUCCGUCCCAGGCUGAGUGACACCUCCAGAAGCUACUUGAGCUGCCCCACUAGAGUGUCUUCUCAGGCGGCCUACUGAUGAUUCCUUCUAUUAAUGACCCAGUUUGUAAUUUUAAAAGGAAAAGCUUAACCUUGACUCUCUCGGAGCCAAAUUUAUCAUUACCUAACUCUUGCUCUUUCCAUGACAUUUCCUGAGAGCAUGAAGCGAAUGAAAUGUCUCUGGAGACAAAGCAGUCCUCUUGAAUACCUGGUGAAUUUGAUACAGAGCUGACUCAAACUGAUCCAGCCAUGGAACUGCCAUUGCAAGUAAUAUGGUGCCAGGCCCCUUCCCUACAAUGUUGCACUAAGCCUUGGUCGAAAUUCUCCAAACAGUGUAAAAAGCAUGAGAUGUGGAGUCUAAAGACAAGGUUGGAGUCCUAGCCUUGCUAGCCAGUUCAGAGAACAGCUUUCCCUCUGUGCCUCAGUCUUCUUGUGGGGAUGGGUGUGUGAUGUAAGCUAGGUGUAAAAAAAAAAAAAGAAAAAGAAAAAGAAAAAGAAAGUAGGGUUGAUAAUACCUGUUUAACCUGUUCUGAAUGAGAAAGCCUAGAGAGUUUUAUCAGCUGUUAGGUGUCCAUCUCUUCAUUUCCCUGUUCCUGCCCAUCCCCAGGUCCCACGGAGGAAGUUCCUUACCAAGUGGCACAGUGUAGGAAUAAUCCGGAGCUUACAGCAAGUGCCCAGCAGAGCUGCUGCAUUAUCUGGCAUUUCUGCAGGAGACAAAAAAAAAUCAGUUACUGUCAAAAAAAAAAAAAAAACACAAAGAUCAAAAUCCAUGGAAACAGCUAGCCCCUGUGUUGUACCUUAUGUACAAUGUAUGUGUAAUUUAUAUAUCCUCUGCCCGGCUGGCAGAGGAUAUAUGCUAACUGUAGAAUAAAUGAGUGAAUAGGGCUAAGCAGGCAGCAAAGGCCUUGUAUAAGAUAGAUACAGGGACCAGGUAACUGCUGUCUGCUCACUGUAGGAUAUUAUUCCUUGACAUUCAAUUGGCCAGUCAGGAAUAACUACAGACUCAGGGAAAGGUGAAUCAGCAUGGGAAGGUAGAAGGAAUCUGGGAUUUGGUGACCAAAGAGCUAUGCUGAAGCCCAGGACUGUGCAGGGUCCCCCCGCCCACCGUUAGCUCAACACAAGGACCCCGAUGGCAGAGAGGGUUGGCACAGAGCUGUGUGAGGCUGGAGGCUGCACCAGAAGUGUCCUUGCCAAGCUUUUGGAAAAGGAAAUCCAGAUCAAUAUUAUUUAAAACCGGUCUUCAAUACUUCCCAGGGUAAAAGAGAUACAGUUGCUAAAAGUUUUGAGCUGAUACGGCAGAGGAGGGUAAAAAAAAAGUCACCUGCUCAGUCAUCUAGCCCAGGGAACACUAAAGAACUCUUUCCAUCUCCUGCAUUCAUUAGCAGUCUUACGUAUAAACAGCAGCGAGUGGAGGCUGUGACCCGGCAGAGUACGAGGAAAACAUGGUCCUUUCCCAAGAGAGGAAGACUGUUAGGAGGGGCAGCCCCAAGGUACAGGCCCACCAGAGAAUCCCCUAAAUUGCAUUUAAAUGUUGUAUGUGCAUUUGCCUACAGAGAGGCUCCAGUUUUCAACAAAUCCUCAAGGAGCCCUGAUCCCAAAUCAGAAAGAUGAAGACGGUAAAUGUGUGUGGCCCUAUAGAAACAUCACAGGACUGGGAAGGGCAGGGACAAAGUCACCUGGGACAUGAUGUCCUGGCUGAGCUACUGUUACAAGCCAUCUCACCUGUUCCUGUUUCCAUUCCUUCACUUUCCAUGUGGCUCUUGUGUCCCAUGUAAUCAUCAUCCCUUACUCUUGGAAAUGCUUUAAUUACAUGUGACUCAAUGGCCAUUCACUAUUUUGAGUGGGAUGCUAGCAACACGGGAAAGAACAGCAUCUGCUUACAGCGCUUACCAACUAAUUCUACUUGAUGCUAAUUCCCUCGAGGGUGGGGAUGAUUUUUCUCAGCACCGAGCAAUUCCUAAAACACAGUAGAGGCUUUUUCAAUGCUUCUUGAAUUGAAAUGAUUUCUUUUGAUCUUUCAUAUUCUUACUCUGUUUUACAAACGAGACCUGGGAAGUUCAUGCCUAAGGUCACAAAAUGGUAGAGGCCGUGUUCCAGGAGGCAGGCCAGAGGCAGAGACUGAAGGGCUUUAAACAAGGUGAGCAGGAGGACUCCGGCCCAAAGUGGCAACGUGGGAAGAUCCUGGACUCACCUCCUCCCGCGGACAGAUGGCAUCUACGGCUACAUACGGAACAGCUUCCUCUGAAAAAACUCCAGCCUACCUGAGCAACUCCUACAUAUCAGAUGAACAAGAAAAAGCCUACAUCAAAGCAGCUCCACAAAGGGAUGGAAGUUCCUCUUCAGGAGCAGAGUGGCUGUGAAAGCAAAAGAUCGUACCCGGUCUCAUGACUUACCUCAGAACCAGACCAGCAACUCUUGCUUUUUAUAGCUAAUUGUCCUCCUUUCUUUCACAGACACUUCCAGCUGCACAGUCAGUCAUGGAACUCAGAAAUAAAGGAUGAAUUAAAUACCA